AUGGCUUCCUUUAGACCAUAGUCUUCAUAAGCUAUUUCAGUCAGAUCACCCAGUAGAGGUAUGAGAUUGUCAUUAUGAGUUAGUUAUUCCAAUUGCAUCCAACAUGGGUCAUUCUUAUGUGAUUCCAGCAGCCCAAAAUUUACCAACCACAGUAAUAGUCAAAGAGAAAAACCCUGUUUCAUAUGACAAAUCAAAAGAACAUGAUGAUGAGUAUAAGGAUGAGUUAGAGUUGUGGAAGAAAAAAUAUUUUACAUUGGAAGCUUAAUUGGCUAAAUAUGAUAUUGAAAAUGAAAUAGUACUCAAUUAAUCUGACUAUUUAAGAAAGAUGAAUUACAAUCAAGGAUUUUGGGUUCUUAAGAAGAUGCCAAAAAGUUCUAAAUUGAUAUUUCCAAAAUUCAGGCCGAUAUGGACAAACAAAGAGGAGAAAUGAAUGAUUUAGUAAUUGAAAAUCAAAAACUACUGAAUUAAUAAGUAGAGGUAGAAAGAUUGAAGAAAUUAGUUGGUGAAAGAGAGGAUACAAUAGGCUAAGUAUUAAUUAUUUCUAAUUGAUAGUUGUCACAAAAGUGUAGAGAAUACUAAGAAUAGUUAUAGGAAUUGGAAGCAUUUUAAUAAGCAUUACAAGAUAUGCAUAAUCAAAAUGAAGGUAAAGAAAGGAUGAUUGAACAAUGGAAACUAAAAUAUACCGAAAAUGAUUAAAAGAAACAAAAGGAAAUAGACGAGUUAAAAUAAAAAUUAGCUGAAUAUAAUCCAACAGAAGUACAAUUUCUAAAAGCCCAAUUAGAUAGAGAGAAAAUAGAAUGGUAGAAUAGUUAAAAGAAACUCCAACAAGAUUUAACUGAUGCUCUUAAACAACUAGAUUAAUGGAAAAUUAAAUAUAAUGUAAGAGUUUUUCUCUAAAUUAGAAUCUUGAUAUGCAACAUUAAUAACUCUCAUCUGCAUAAAAAGAAUCUGUUGCUAGAAUAGAUACCUUAAAUCAGGAAUAAAAUAAAUUGACUGUUUAAGUUCAUAAUUUGAAUGAUGAUAAACAAAAGUUAUAAAUAGAGUUGGAAGCCACUAAAGGAUAAUUAAAAUUACAUUAGGGUUUGAUUGGAGAAUUAGAUAGAUUGAAGAAGUUGUUGACUGAUAAAAGUGCAGAACUUUAAUAACUAUAACAAUAAUCACAGUAAAAGGAUAUUGAUCUUAAUAAUGCAGAUUUAACUAUUUAAGAGUAAAAUUAAAAAAUUAAAUCUUUAUCUUUAUUGUAAUAAGAAAAUUAAAGAUUGUAAUAAGAAUUAGAUUAGCAACACAGAUAAAAUGAAUAAUUGCAUUAAUAAAAUGCUGAAUUAUUGAAAAAUCUAGACAAAUUUAAGUUAUUAGAAGAAGAGAAAAUGUAAUUAGAAAACAAAGUAAGUAUGUUGGCAGCUGAAAUAGAAAGAUUAAAAGUUUAAUUGAAAUAAAAGAAUGAUAAAAUUUUAUAAGAACAAGAAGAAUUGAAAAGAUUAUAAGAAUAACUGAAUGAAAUAGAUGAAUUAUAAAAGCAGAUUGAAGAUUUAGUUCUUUAAUUAGAAUAAGCAAAUAAUACCAUUGAUGAGCUAGAGAAGAAAUUACAAACAAUAACAGAGCUUGAAUAAAAACUCUAAGAUGCUAAUAAUAAAAUAUAUGAUUUAGAAAAUAAAGUAGCAAUGUUAAGUGCUGAAUCUCAAAGAUUGAGAUAUCUAAAUGAUUAAAAGACUGAAUAAUUAAAAGCAGCUGAGCAAUAAUUAUCAGAUCUCAAUUUACUUAAAGAAUAAUUACAUUAAUUAUAGAGUAAAUACGAUGCUCAAUAAUAAAUGAAUUAGAACUAUUAAGCUGAAUUAGAAAAACUAAGAGGAUAAUCAACUUAGUAAGAUACAAAUAUUGCAGAAUUGAGAAGACAAUUAGAUGAACAAAAAGCACAAAAUAUAGUACAUAAGCAAGCUAAUUCAGAACAAGUUAUUGCGGAUUUAUAAUAAUAAUUAAGCUCAUUGUAAUAAAGUUAUAAGAAGGUCUCUGAAUCCAAUUUAGCCAAUGAAGAAGAUCCAACUUUGGAUUUAUAAAAUAGAUUAACUUUAUUGAAGCAAGAAAAUCAGAGGUUGAAUUAAACAAUUGUAUAAAAGAAUUAAGAAGUCUUAAAUCAUUAAUAAUAAAAUCAAUAAUUACAAAAAGAAUUAUUGUCCUCUGAUACUUUGAAGGUGGAAAUUCAACAAUUAAAUGAAUCAAAUUCAGUAUUGCAAGAGCAACUAUAAAAUGAAAAAUAAGGUCGAAAAGGUUUGGAGGAGAAGAUUUAGUAAUCAGAAUAAGAAAAAUAUGAUCUUUAAAGUAAAUGUGCCAUGCUUUCAACACACAUUGAAGGGAUGAAGUAUAAACUUGAAAAAAUGGAAAAUGUUGAUGAAUUAAAAAAGAUCAUAUAAGAUCAAUAAGCUUAAUUGGCUGAGAUGGAUGCCUUAAAAUUAGAAAUUGAAAGUCUAAAUGAUAGAAUAGCUGAAUUAGAAAAAGAACUAAAAUUAUGGAAAUAAAAAUAUGAAUAAUUGGAUUAACAAUAUCAAUAGUUACUUCAUGUGAAGGAAUAAAUGGAAAAUAAAUUAGCUAUGCUUUCAUCAGAAAUUGAAAGAUUAAAAGUCCUCAACUAAAAGAAGUAAGGGGAAAUUGAUCAAUAAAAUUAAGAAUUAAUGAAAAUGGAUUAAGAACUAAAUGAUUUACAUAAUCAAUUAGAAGAUAUUAAUGAAUUAAAAACAUAAUUGAGUUCACUAGAAAACCAAUUAUAAUAAUUAACUGAUGAAAAUUAAAGCAAAUCUGCUGAAAUUACUCAACUCAAAUAACAAAUUGCUGAAAUAGAGGGAUUACUUGUUAAUUAAGAGGAUCUUUAGAAUUAAAUUAAGAAAUUAGAAAAGGAAUCACAAUCAAAGGAUGAAAUCAUAGAAUAGUUCAAAUAAAAAAUUACAUAAUUAGAGAGUAAGAUUGCAGAACUUGAAGACAUCAAAGUAUUUAUAUUAAAUAAUAUUAUCAGUAUAAAUAUGAAGAUAAAAUGGCUUUAUUAAGUAGUGAAGUUAAGAGACACGAGUUUAAAGCUAAGAAAUUGGAAGAUAAAUCUAACGAACUCUAAGUCUUAGUUGAGCAAUUAACUCAUGAUUUAAAUGAGGCAGAUACAAAAAUUGUUGAAUUAGAAAAGGUAUAAUUGUUAAGUUGAAUAUUAUUUAGGAUUUAGGGUAAUGGAAGUUCGAAUACUCCAAAUUAAAUAGUCUUCAAUAUAAAAUAGAUGAAUACAGUUUCUUAUUAGUAGUUUCAUUUGCUGAAAUUGAAGCUUUAAGAUCAUAAAACUCCUCAUUAAAUGAAUAAUUAGAUAAUCAAUAAAAAACAAAAGUUGCCCUUGCAUUAGCAUAAUGAGA